AUGCGACGGUCCAAGGGUUUUCGCGUCUCGGUCGCCUGCCUGCUGCUGCUGGCGCUCGUCUUCGCCAACCGCCAUCUCGCCUCGAUUGAGCGCCAAGAUGGGACCGGCGAGCUGGAGCCGGAAUUCGUGAUGGAGGAUGGCAAUGGCCAUAUCGAGCUGGUCUCGGUCGACCGCCGUCCUCGCGCUGUGAACCCGGAUAGAACCUCGAACUCGAAGUCAAAGUCGGCGCCGGUGCAGCAGCAGUCGCAAUCGCAAUCUCGGCCCGCGACAUCGGUGAAAGUGCAGGGCUGGCUGCAACCAACCAAGCCGCCGGCGCCACCCGCCCGCUUUGCGCCCCAGCAGAUCCCCAUCGACGUGCCGGGCGAAACGUGGUGGGAGGAGUGGGAGGCCGAGCGCGAGGCGUGGAACGCGGAACAGGAAGAGGGCAAUCUGGGCCAGCGAUACCUCAACAAAGACAAGCCCACCGCCUCGUCGCCGCCCAAACCGAAAGUCACCCCCAAAUCCGAUCGCAUCGUCGUGCUGGGCCGGACCUCGUGGGAGGAUGCGUCGUGGCUGGAGGAAGAGCUGCCUGAAUGGCAGCACGCCAUCUACGUGGUCGAUGACCCCGACGCCGAGUUCACCGUCCAGGAGAACAAGGGCAAGGAGAGCAAUGUUUAUCUCCAGUACAUCACAGACCACUACCCCAAUUUCCCUGACUACAUGGUCUUCCUGCACGCCCAUCGCAGCAGCGGCCACGUCGAGUUCCCCGAGCAGGACAAUGUCCUGACCGUCCAGCGCCUCCAGCUGGACUUUGUCAAGCGGGUUGGCUAUGUCAACAUGCGCUGCGAGUGGGAGCCCGGCUGUCCGGGCGAGGUCCAGCCGUUUCGACAAAUGGCCGGCCGCACGACUGAGAUCGCCUUCGCGGGCGCUUGGAUGCGCAUUUUUAACAGUACUGAUGUCCCGGAUGUGGUUGCCGUCCCCUGCUGCGCGCAGUUCGCCAUCACCCGUGAACAGAUCCUGUCUCGGCCGCUCAGUGACUACCAGGCCUUCCACCGCUGGCUCAUGGAGACCGAGCUCGAUGAUGAGACGAGUGGUCGGGUGUUUGAGUAUCUGUGGCACAUCAUCUUCGGGCAGGAUCCCGUCUUUUGUCCCUCCAAGCAGCAGUGCUACAUGGAUGUCUAUGGCGUCGAGUGGGAUCCGUCCUAUGAUCUCCCCGACAUCACCUGGGUCGAUGAUUCCUACUGGGAUGAUUUCGACAUGGACAAGCUAGACUUGGAGGAGAACUCGUCCCUCGACGAUGGCGAUGGGGGUGAUGUAGAUAACAGUGGGGACAACAUGUACAGCGGUCGCCCGGACCAGGAAAGCAUAUGGACACCACCAUAA